ACCGCAUCUGCUCAUCUCUCACUGAAGAAACCUUUAACACCUACUUGUGAGAGCAGCCAGGAGGGAGCAUCCCUUUACUCCAACUGUGAGAUUGGGAUAAGCAGCAGGAUCACAGGGCCUGACAGCACAGGAAAAGUACACAAUGGACUGGAAGCUCUGGGCACCUUUUAGUGUCCUCAUCAUUUUACUGAUAUGUUCGCAAUGCAGCUGUAACUGGAAAGUCCAGGUAAACAAAGGAAAAGGUGAAAAAGGUAAAAUAUCAUGGGAAACCUACCAUUAUAGACGACAAAAGCGUGAAUGGAUUGCACCUCCAAUGAAUAUAGAGGAAGAAGUAUACAACACAGGCAGAAAUCCUAUAGCAAAGGUCCAUUCUGACAUAGAGGUGAAAAAAGGUACUAUAUUCUAUCGAGUGUUCGGACAAGGUGUGGAUCAGCCUCCAUAUGGGCUUUUUAAAAUAGACCCUAGAACCGGAGAAAUAAACGUGACUGAAGUUAUUGUGGAUCGUGAACAAAUAUCAAUGUUACAUAUUACAGUCCAUGCUGUAACAGCUUCUGGUCAAGAGGUAGAGAAGCCUUUACAGCUGCGGGUGAGGGUUCUGGAUAAAAAUGACAAUCCACCAAUAUUCUCAGAAUCUGUUUUUGUGGGCUCCAUAGAAGAGAAUAGUAAAGCAAAUGCUCUUGUGAUGCAAAUCGUCGCCACUGAUGCCGAUGAAGAAAAUACACGAAAUUCCCAAAUUGCUUACAGAAUAGUAUCACAGAGUCCCAGUGAUCCUGCAAUGUUUAUUAUCAAUCAAUAUACUGGCCAAGUCUUCACCAUGUCAAAUUCGCUGGACAGAGAGUCGGUCAGUGCCUAUAGUCUUGUGGUUAGUGGAAAAGACUUGAACGGAGCUGAAGGAGGACUGUCUGGACAAUGUGGUUCCAACAUCAAAAUUUUAGAUGUCAAUGACAACUUUCCUACACUUGAGUAUGACGUGUAUUCAGUUACAUUCAAGGAAAAUAUGGUUGGUUACACGGACUUAAGGAUGAAAGUUUUUGAUUUGGAUGAAAUGUACUCCGAUAACUGGAUUGCAGUAUUCGAGAUAGUAUCAGGCAAUGAAGGAGAAUGGUUCGCUAUUGAAACAGAUGCUGAGACAAAUGUGGGCACUUUGAAAGUUGUCAAGGCAUUGGAUUAUGAAGCAAUGAUGACAGCCAAUCUAGCUAUUAUUGUAUCCAACCGGGCAGCUUACCAUUAUUCUGUCAUCUCUGAAUAUCGAGCAAAAUCGACUAGCAUAAAUGUUCAAGUCGAAAAUGUGCGAGAAGGGCCUGCCUUUAUUCCCUCCACCCAGAACGUGCAGAUUCCAUCAGGAUUAUCAGCAGAGGCUUUACUACAAUAUGUAUUAACAAAAUUUGUAGCUAUGGAUAUGGACACUGGAGGACCGGCCACAAAUGUUGUGUAUUCAUUGGAUCAACAGUCCAGCAGGUGGUUUGUAAUUGAUUCUACGACUGGCGAGAUUAGAAUGACUUAUGAAUUAAUUCAAGAGUUAAUGAAUAACAAUAGGAACAACAUUACUGGUGGCAAUAACAAUGCUACCUACACUGCAACAGUCUUGGCUACAGAUAACACUGAUCCAUCCCUAACAAAUACAGGUACAGUUGGAGUAGGAAUGAGUGCAAACCCAAGUCAACCUACACCUACAGAUUGCCCUACGAUUACACAAGAACGCCGUGUGGUAUGUCCCGAUAGCAAGAGCGUUAUUAUUAACGCAAAUCAAAACCCACUACAGGCCCCUUUAAAGAUAACUGUUGAAGACAAUCCUUUCUGGGCUGCCAAACCCUAUAAUGACACGGCAAUAAUUUUGGAAGGAAUAAAUUCUCCUCGUAUUGGUAAUUAUACUGUGAAACUUUCCGUUACCGACAAAAAUAAUCUUGCUUGCGGAACACAAAUUCCGAUUCCUUUAGAAGUCUGUGAGUGCACUGCUGAUAGAUUUUGUGAUGCUACAAAACGGUCUGGAAAAAAUGUAUCUCUUAGCCCAGCAGCAAUUGGACUCAUAAUUCUCGGAUUUUUAGCUCUUUUGUUGGCUCUGCUCCUACUGCCGCUAUGUGUAUGUGGAUCUGGCGCAGGGGCUAAGUUUGUUCCGGUUGCAGCUGGGUAUGAUGGAGCUUUUCAUCAAUGGGGAACAGAAGGUGCCAAGCCUGAAGAUGUGGAUAUGACAAGCCCAUUUAUAACUUCAGGUGGCCCUGAUUAUUCUGAGGUCCAUGCAAGCAACUUUGGACAGGGAGUUGGUGCUGGUGUCGGAAGCGUAUCGGGAACAGCAGUGAGAAGUGGCCGAGGAGCUACUUCUGCUACCGGGAUUGAGACAACCACAGCUCUAGGAGAUGGGUUUGAUGUAGUUGGCAUGGGAGGAUUUUCAGGCGGAAGCAAUGUAGCCAAUUCUUAUAUGGGACCCUUGCCACCACCAUAUGAAAAAAGUGGCACAAUGAACAUGGCUUAUGUGGAAAACUACUUCGCUGAGAAAGCAGAAUCCUAUGCCAAUGAAGAUGAGAGUCGCCCGGCAAAUGAUUGUCUUCUAAUUUAUGAUAAUGAAGGAAUUGGAAGCCCAGCUGGAUCUGUGGGGUGUUGUAGUUUUAUUGCUGAUGACUUGGAUGACACCUUCUUGGACACAUUGGGACCAAAAUUUAAAACACUGGCAGAAAUUUGCAUUGGUUCAGAGAUUGAUCCAGUGCCAAGUAGGGAUGAGCCGAGAUUAUUUCCAAAUGUUCCAAUAAUAGAAACUGAAAGAAAUGUUAUAUUAGAUGAUUCUCCAUAUAAUGUUCCAGUAAACCGAUCUCUGCCCGUUAGCUCUACAUACAUAACUGAGAGCACAACAUCAUCUGCCAAUCUUCAACCAGCUAGACCUAUGGUAGAAACAUUCAUGCCAGGUAAUGUAGUUGUAACUGAGACUUACACAACAUCUGGGGGCACAUUGAGACCAGUUACCCGUAACGUGGAUUCCGGCCUCCCUACUAAUAUUUUGGUAACAGAAAGGUUGGUUGGAUCUACUGCAGCACCUGCACAUGGAGUUUUUCCUGAUUUGCAAAAUAACUCCAAUGUCAUUGUGACAGAGAGAGUAGUCCGUCCAGCAUCUGGUGUUCACGAAUAUAUAGAGUUACCAAAUUUUGCUAAUCUAGCAGAUGCAUCAAAUAUGGUAGUAACAGAAAGAGUUGUUGCACCAAAUAGUGCAAGGAUGUCUAAUUCAUUUAACAUCCCAGAUCUAGGUAAUGCACAGAACGUUCUAGUAACUGAAAGGGUGAUACAACCCAUCUCCAAUGUUCAGGGAAAUUUAAGCAUUCGCCCAGAAAUGGGAAGUUCUCAAAAUAUAUACGUAACAGAAAAAACUGUCCGAUCUGGUCCAGCCAUGAAAACCCAAAUGUUGAGUGCAGAACCUCUGAUGACUCAAACAGUGGGUUCCACUUCCCCUAGUUUAACCCGCAGCAAAGUAACAAAGUACAGCACAGUUCAAUAUACUAAGCAAUAAGUUUGUCAGCCGAACUAGACAUUGAUUUAACUAGACUAUAAAUCUAAUUGAGAUUCCUUCAAACUCAUAAAUAUUAAAGGGGUUGUGCAGCCAGUACAUAUUGAUGGCCUGUCCUCAGAUAGGUUAUCAACAUCUGAUUGGUGGGGGUCCGACUCCCAGCACCCAUGCCAAUCAGCUGUUUCAAGAGGAGGUUGCACUCCUGCAUGCGGUACUUCCUCUUCAAGAUUACACUGCGGGCCGUCUUGGUGGUGCAGUGCAAUUACAAGUGCUUCAGUUGAAUGGGACAAGCACUUGUAAUUACACUGCGCCGCCGCUGCAAGACGACAUGCAGUGUAGCCUUGCAGAGGAAGCACUGCUUGCAGGAGUGCCACCUCCUCUUUAAACAGUUGAUCGGCAGAUGUGCCAGGAAUCCCCCCUCCGAUCACCCCGAUAUUGAUGACCUAUGCUGAAGAUAGACCACCAGUAUGUAUUGGCUGCACAACUCCUGUAACUCCUUGAGACCCAGAGGGAGUCAUAUAUCGAUCCAGGGCAGGCAAUCAUACAUCUGCUUCCAAUAGUAUUUGACCACUGAAAUAUAAUUGUACUGAAAAAUAUAUUUUUAUUGGUCAAAAAGUCUUACAAAUGAAAAAAAUGUAUGGCUAGGGUAAAAACACAAGCAAACCAAUUCAUGAUUUGUCAAUGGAUUUAAAAUUCUCUAACAAAUUUGUCUUUGUGCAAUUUUAGUCCCAGUUUGUGUAAUAUAUGUAAAUUAAAAUUGUAUUACUGUGCUGUAAAUAUUCUUACAUUCAGAGCAGAGCCCGCUACACAUUACAAUUACACGGCCUUGGUUACUUCACUGCAUGCCCACAACUGUAACUUCUAAAAUGUAUGCAGUAAAACCAAAAAAUAAUGUUUAUAGCAAAUAUUUUUUAUAUAGUUCUGUUCCUUUCUAUUCCAUUACCCUACUAUUCCGGUAUUUUUUUUUAGAAAAUGUGUAUUAAUAUUAUUUGAGCCCCCGUGAUAAAUAUGCAUGUGGAAAAGGGAGAAAAGGAGUGGUGAGACACUUUUAGUCCCACUUUUUCUCUGACUGUGACAGCAGAGUACAGUCUGACUGGCCCCAUACACAUUAUAGCCAUGAAAUGCUGCACUUAUUACAUCUAGUUUAAUAUGUUAAGACAUAGCUCAUUUAUUUUACAGUAAACUAAAUGUGCCCUAUUUUUCAAGGUUUUUAGGUGUAUAAUACUUAGAAUAAGGCUGGCCAGCUAAUAAUGCACCUAAUGCAGUAUUUGGACACUUUCACUUUAGAAUGAUUACUAUGUUUUGUUUUAAUGUAUAUACAGUAUAUUUAGCCGUUUCUGGUUUUGUAUUUAAUUGCUUUUUUGCUUUUAAAGUCUUUUUUUCUUGCUUGUCCUGUCUUCUCAGUUACCUAUAAUGGGAUGGUUUAAGCAAUCAGUUGUGCGUCAGUGCUCUAUCUGAUCAAUUGUUAAAUAAAAUUAAUUAUAUUUAAUGUAUGAAUCCAGCAACAUACAGAAUCUGACCAUUCCAUUUUGUGGGCUGCUCUCUGACUUCUUUCAUAUUUGUGGUACAGCCUUCCAUCAGGCUGUUCCGGCAUGGAAUGCUGAGAAUUGGCCGGACAAAAACCAUUGAGUGCAGUGGGUUUUUUUUCCGGCUGAAUCCCGGCAUAUUUUCCAAGUAGCAGGAGGAUCUUCACCAGACCCUAUCACUGUUAAAGGGGCCGGCAGGCAUUCCAGUAAUAUCCGGCAAUGCAUGACUUGGAGAAAUUCGGAAUGCUCUGCUGCAAAUAUGAAACUGCGUUAUCCAAUCAUACUUACAAGUGUUCUCCUUCUUCUAGAACAUAGCAUCUGGACACUUGCUCCAUGAUUUGCAUAUCAACUCAUCUGUAAAAGAAAUUCCCUCAGCUGGAAAUUCAUGAAAUAUGCAGAGGGAUAAUUUUGUUAUACAGAUGACCAGUAGGAUCAUGAGAACAUUGUCAAGUAGCCAUGUUUAAGAGGAAGAUGGGAAGCAACCUGGAUCUUGAGAGCAAUUCAUUAAAGGGAACCUGCCACGUUGAAAAUGCAGUCCAAUCCGUAAACAGCAUGAGAGCAGGAGUUGUUAAGCAGAUUAAUAUUCUCCCUGUUUUUGUGGGAAAAUAUUCAGCAAAUUUAAAUCUCUACUCAUUCUAGGCUUAAGAGUCUAGAUGGCGGGCCGAAUCAGUGAGUGCUAUCUCUGUAUGCACUCACUUAUACAAAUAAGGCUGUCAGUGACUGAGUAGGACCACCUACUGGACUCCUCUCAGCAUGAGCAAGCAUUUAAAUUAAUACAUUGCUAGUUCUGCUGAAUAAUUACCCUCAAAACUAUAUAUCUACUCGGCAAAUCCUGCUCUAUAACAGGCUGCCUGCGGACUUGACCAUAUUUUCAACAUGAUGGGUUCCCUUGGCGAUUUUGGAGGCAGGGAGAUUAUGAGAUAUGCUUGUCCAUGAAGCGAAAAAGUGAAUUUUCAGGGUUUUUGUUUGUUUUUGCAUGUGGUUACCGGUGCUUAGCAGAUGGGCAGACUUCCUAACGACCAGAAUCCAUUCCAUUACGUUUGGUUUUUAAGGAUAAUACAACCGGAUCCAUUUAGAACGGAUGCAGACGGUUGUAUUAUUCUAGUAAGAAGCAGGGCGGCACUAUGCCAUUUGAAUAUGUGACUGAAUAAAUCUACAUUGUGAUCUACAUCAGCGAAGUGCCGGUCCUUUCCUUUGAAACGGUUGUAUUAUUGUGACGGAAGCGUGUUUGCUGAUCCAUGAUGGAUCCAGUAAAAACGCUGAUGUGAAAUGAAACCAUAGGCGGUGUGUCCAUAUUGGGUUAAUAAACAAAAUGAAAAUGUGUUGGUAAAUGCUAAAAGUGUAAUGUGUAAAAGUCUAGGAAAAGGCUAAAUGGAAAAUUACAUUGUGAAAAUGGUAAAUAACACUGUACUGGUGAGAAAUAUAAAUUAUGCUAUC